UAGAUAGUACAGUAUUUCUUAGCCCACGCCAAGACCAAGUUUUGUCUGAUGUAUGCAACACAGCGAUAAUGCUGCAGCCUGCUAGAUAUUUUCCUGAUGUGAAAUUCCCCACGGAGACCAGACCAGCAGCCAAUGCUGAACAAUGCUCCCACUUGCACCUCAUAUUGUGUGGUCAUCCGGGACUCCUGCAGAUGUGAUUGACUGGUGAGCUGAUUUCAGCGAAAACCACACAAAAGUCGGAGCAGCGUUCCCAUUUACCACCUCGUGCUCGUGGUGUUAGAUCGUCGAGGCUCCGAUCAGACAAUCAUCCUAAGCAUCUUCAUACCAUUCUCCUUCUCCUUCCCUGACUCCCUCUCAAAAAGAUCCCCUUUCUUUGAUCUUCCCACCACACCACAGCAUAGGCAUAUGACAAAGAGGCCUGAAUAGGUAUGAGUAUGACUUCCCUCCCAGUGUUCCUCCUCCCAAUUUUUGUGCUCCUGUCAUUGAUUUGUCUCUGCAAAUCCGAUGACCGCCUUUCUCCUGCAAAGCCGCUCUCCGCCGGCGACAAGCUCGUCUCGAGCAACGGUGUCUUCGCUCUUGGUUUCUUCUCCCCCACAAACUCGACUGCAGACUCAUACAUCGGCAUAUGGUACAACAACGUCACUAAGCGUACAUAUGUGUGGGUUGCUAACCGCGACAGCCCGAUCACCAGCGGUUCUCCUGGGAAGCUGGUUGUGACCAACAACUCCAACCUCGUCGUGUCUGACUCCCAAGGCCGCACUCGUUGGACAACCAUGAACAACUUCACAUCCGGAACCACCGGAACUUCUGCUAUCCUGCUCAACUCCGGAAACUUUGUCAUCCGGUUGCCCAACGGCACGGACAUAUGGCAGAGCUUCCAUCACCCAACCGACACCAUCCUCCCCGGCAUGCCCUUACCACUGAGCACAAAUGACGAUCUCUACACCCGCCUUGUUGCUUGGAGGGGCCCUGAUGACCCAGCCACCAGCAACUACUCCAUGGGCGGUGACUCUAGUUCAGACCUCCAAGUUGUUAUCUGGAAUGGGACGAGACCAUAUUGGCGCAGAUCUCCGUGGAAUGGUGAGUUGGUCACUGCCUCGUAUCAAAGCAGCACUGGUUUCAUCAUGACCCUAAGAAUUGUCUACAGAGGGGAUGACUUGUACAUGACAUUCACCGUCUCCGACGACUCGCCAAGCAUGCGCAUGACGCUGCAGUACACGGGCAUGUUUCAGUUUCUGGUGUGGAACAGAGAGUCGUCAUCAUGGGACGUUUUCACAGAGCAGCCAAGUCCUAGCUGUGACCAAUACGCCUAUUGCGGACCAUUUGGCUACUGUGAUGCCACUGAAGCAGUUCCGAAAUGCAGCUGCCUCAGUGGGUUUGAACCUGACGGUGUUAACUUCUCCAGAGGGUGCCGGAGAAAGGAGGAUCUGAGAUGUGGCGGCGGCGAUAAUUUCCUGACCCUGAGAGGUAUGAAGAUACCUGAUAAGUUCGUCUAUGUCAGGAACAGAAGCUUUGACCAAUGCAGAGCAGAGUGCAGCCGCAGUUGUGUUUGCACUGCAUAUGCUUAUGCUAACCUGCAAAAUGGCAGCACGUCUGAUGACCUGUCAAGGUGCUUGAUUUGGCUGGGGGAACUUGUCGACGCAGGAAAGUUUCGUGAUGGCGAGAACCUGUACCUCCGUUUAGCCAGUUCAACAGUUGCCAAAGAGAGUAAUGUCUUGAAGAUUGUACUCCCAAUAAUUGCUGGUAUUCUGAUACUCACAUGCGUCAGCCUUGUGUGGAUAUGCAAGUCAAGAGGUAAACGACGAAUCAAGGAAACUAAGGACACAUAUACACGACAACCGUCAAAAAAUCCCAAAUCUAACGAACUUGAGAAUGAAACUAUAGAACUUCCAUAUAUUUGUUUUGAAGAUGUUGUUACUGCAACGGGCAAUUUCUCAGACCACAACAUGCUCGGGAAAGGUGGCUUUGGAAAAGUUUACAAGGGCUGGUUAGAAGGUGGCAAUGAAGUUGCUGUCAAAAGGCUUAGUAAGAAUUCUGGGCAAGGAGCCGGUGAGUUCAGAAAUGAAGUGGUUCUGAUUGCCAAAUUGCAGCAUAGAAACUUAGUUAGGCUUCUUGGUUACUGCACUCAUGAAGAUGAGAAGUUGUUGAUAUAUGAAUACUUACCUAACAAAAGCUUAGAUGCCUUCCUUUUUGAUGCCACAAGAAAUUUUGUGCUUGAUUGGCAGACCCGGUUUAAGGUAAUUAAAGGGAUAGCGAGAGGGCUUCUUUAUCUCCAUCAAGAUUCAAGGUUAACAAUAAUCCAUAGGGACCUCAAAGCAAGCAAUGUCUUGUUAGAUGCGGAAAUGAAUCCUAAAAUAUCAGAUUUUGGUAUGGCAAGGAUCUUUGGAGGAAAUGAGCAACAAGCGAACACUGUCCGCGUUGUUGGUACAUACGGUUACAUGUCUCCUGAAUAUGCAAUGGAAGGUUCCUUUUCUGUCAAGUCUGACACAUAUAGCUUUGGUGUUCUACUGUUGGAGAUUGUAAGCGGGAUAAAGAUCAGUUCAUCCCAUCUCAUAAUGGACUUUCCAAGCCUUAUAGCUUAUGCAUGGAGCUUAUGGAAAGAUGGAAAUGCAAGAGAAUUGGUGGACUCGUCCAUUACGGAGACCUGUCCACUUCAUGAAGUUCUGCGGUGUAUUCAGUUAGGCCUCUUGUGUGUUCAAGACGAUCCAAGUGCUCGUCCACUCAUGUCAUCCGUCGUGUUCAUGUUAGAAAAUGAAACAGCCCCGCUUCCUACUCCGAAAGAGCCAGUAUAUUUUAGGCAACGGAAGUACGAAGUCGAAGACCAAAGGCAUGACUAUGACCAGGAAAUAUCUCUGAAUGGCAUGACUAUGACAAUGCAAGAGGGGCGUUAAAUGUUUGGUUCCAUUGUUUCCCUUUCUGUAAAAUUCUCCAAGGUGUACAGCUGAGCAAUUCAGGGAUUCAUUCUCACAUUGACAAACAAACAGACAAUUGAACUGUAAUCCCUCUGAUGUGUGGUAUUUUCAUAGACGGAUUCCAUAUUUGUGAACUGCACUAGUGGAAGACCACCUGACCAUGUGUGGAUCACUACUUACAUAGUUGUUCCCUCUGGAUGAAUAUUCCCCAGUUAGUCAAUGGGUUUGGAACUCUGAAUUGCUAUUUUGGUAACAAGGCUGAUAGAAAGUCCAUGUUUUCUCUGA